CCUGUUUUGAUUUGAACUACUUUGAGUAAGCGUUCAAAGACCGCUCGAGUGCGGAUGAAUUCGUAAACUCUCCUCACUCUUGUUGUAAUUGGGUGAUGCGUUCAAAGACCAGUUGGCUCAAAUGCAGCCCAACCGCCACGUGUCAACCCUUCGUUUAAAUCGGCGUGAUGGUGAAAAAAAUCAGUAGACGAGAUCCGGGUCUCCCGGAUUGACAGCAGGGCUAUCCGGGGCCAGAGGCGGCAGCUGUGGGAUGUGUCCACGUCCGAGCACCGCCCUCACACACCGGCUGACAUCCAGCACGCAACACCCACGAGGGAACUUUAGUGCUAUUUUACUCCCAGACAUGUGAGUGACUUCUCUUCAUGUCGGUGAAUCUGCUCAGGGUGAGACACCUGACUUUGUUGUUGAAUUUUCUCAAGGCAUCAUCCUCAGCAGCAGCUGGUGGAAAUUUGUGUCCUGUUGGAAUGAAAACACCUCUACUCCAUUCAAUGAGACCGGGCAUGACGGCACAGGCUGAGCGGAGGGUGUAGCCACAUCUGGCGGAGCGCUUGCGAGAAGCACUAGCCUUGGCGCACCGACGCAUCUGCCACCGCCGUCGGAAAAGAUGGGAGAGACAGAGGAUGAGCGGGAAAGUGACACUGGAAAGCUCUUCGAGGACUUUGUCCAGGCUUCCACAUGUAAGGGAACGAUGCAGGCCUUUAACGUCCUGUGCAGGCAGCUGGACUUGGACCCCGCUGAUCACGCCACCUUCUACAACUGUCUGAAGGCCAAGGUCACAUCCUGGAAGGCCAAAGCACUAUGGAGUAAGCUGGAUAAGCGAAUGUCCCACAAGGAGUACAAGAAUGGUCAAGCCUGUGUGGGCACCAAGUGCCUCAUCAUCGGAGGAGGUCCAUGCGGCCUGCGCACGGCCAUCGAGCUGGCCUUGAUGGGGGCUAAAGUGGUGGUGGUCGAGAAGAGGGAUUCCUUCUCCAGAAACAACGUGCUGCAUCUCUGGCCUUUCACCAUUCAUGACCUGCGGGGUCUCGGAGCCAAAAAGUUUUAUGGCAAAUUCUGCGCUGGGGCCAUCGAUCAUAUCAGUAUCAGGCAGCUGCAGUUAAUGCUGUUAAAGGUGGCCCUCAUAGUUGCAGUGGAGUUUCACAUUAAUGUUGAGUUUGUCAAACUGGUAGAACCUCAAGCAAGCCAAGAAAAUGAAGGGCCGGGGUGGAGAGCUGCAAUCCGACCUGCUGAUCACCCCCUGGCUGACUUUGAGUUUGACGUGGUGGUGGGGGCUGAUGGGCGCAGGAACACGCUGGAAGGUUUCAAGAGAAAAGAUUUCCGAGGCAAACUGGCAAUCGCCAUCACUGCCAACUUCAUCAAUAGGAACACAACGGCAGAGGCCAAGGUGGAGGAGAUCAGUGGUGUGGCUUUUAUUUUCAACCAGAAGUUUUUCCUUGACCUCAAAGAAGAAACAGGCAUCGACCUGGAAAACAUUGUGUACUACAAAGAUAACACACACUACUUUGUUAUGACGGCAAAGAAACAGAGCCUGCUGGAUAAAGGCGUCGUCAUAAGUGAUUACGCAGAGACACAGAGGCUGCUGAGCAGCGAUAACGUCAACCAGGAAGCUCUCCUGUGCUACGCCCGGGAGGCUGCAGACUUUGGCACAAACUACCAGCUUCCCACGCUGGAUUUUGCCAUGAACCACUGCGGCCAGCCGGACGUGGCCAUGUUCGACUUCACCAGCAUGCACGCCUCUGAGAACGCUGCUCUAGUCAGGGAGAGGUUUGGACACCAGUUGCUGGUGGCGCUCGUGGGCGACAGCCUGCUGGAGCCUUUCUGGCCUAUGGGAACGGGCUGUGCAAGAGGUUUUCUGGCUGCUUUUGACACGGCCUGGAUGGUUAAGAGCUGGGCUCGGGGUCGAGCGGUUCUCGAAGUGUUGGCAGAGAGGGAAAGCAUUUACAGGUUGCUCCCGCAAACAACACCCGAAAACAUUGCCAAAAACUUGGAACAGUACACCAUCGACCCGGCGACAAGAUACCCCAACCUCAUCUCUUCAUGUGUCAGGCCUCACCAGGUGCGUCACCUAUACUUGAAUGGAGAGCUGAAUUCGUGCUCUCUGGAGCGUGCUGCCUCCAUCCGUCGACCUGUUAAUGUUUGCAGGCGAGAAUCUGAGAUUCGACCGGCCAGGCUUCUCACGUGGUGCCAGAAACAGACAGAAGCUUACAGGAAUGUAAAAAUCACGGACCUGACAUCCUCUUGGAGUAGCGGACUGGCCUUGUGUGCCUUGAUCCACAGGUUCAAACCUCAUCUGAUAGACUUUGAGUCGUUAAAUGAGGAAAACCUGACCGACAACCUCCAGCUGGCGUUUGACAUUGCGGAGCGAGAAUUUGGAAUUAGACCAUUCGUGUCUACAAAAGAGCUGAAGGUGUCCUCGGAGCUAGAUAAGACCAAUGUCAUCAACUUCCUUUCCAAAUUCUACGAACUCUUCAGAGGCACACCUUUACCUGAUACAGGCUCCAGAAGAGUGGAUGAAAACAGUGAAGAUUAUCCAUCUAAGGAAGUCCGAAGUAAUAAUAACUUUCUUAAUCUUGCUGUGCCACGGAAACGAGUUCCCAAGGAUGAGAAAAAGACAGAUGGUACAGAUCCCACUUAUAAGAGGAGGAGAAAAUUUUGCACCUACCUGGAGGAGGCCUCCAAUUCUUCCACUAAAGGGACCUCGUCAUGGGACGGAAGACAACCCAAAGAGAACAAAGUGCGCUCAUUGGCGACACAGUUACAAGCCAAAAUGGAAAGCAGGUCAACCUACACCCAAAGGAAACAGUCAGACUGCAAGAGUUCCUCCUCUCUUCAAACUCUCGACUCUGCCGAGUAUGCGCGCUUUAAAAUAUCGCCUCCCACCACGCCCGAGCUUCCAUCUGAGACACAGUUUGAAGUCAGUCUCCGACGCACAGCGCAGAAUUUAGUCUCUGUGGAGUCUCGACACAAACCCCGCCAGCUCCCGCCUCAGUCACAGUGCGACUUCUCCAUAGUGAGGCUCAGACAUGUUGCUCAGACACAUGAGCUUGUCGAGACCUCGCCAGAACCGGAGGGCGAAGUGUUUACCGCGCCCUCCGUCCACUCUGCAGUCGCGUUCAUGUCCAGAGUCCUUCAGCGCCUCAAGGAGGUGGAUGAACUCAUUUGUGAGAGAAAAGCUCAAUCCCAACAAACUAGAGAGUUUCAGUCAAAGAGCAUUAAAGAGAAAGCACUUCACCUGCGUGGUUUGAUCUCAGCAGACAGCUCUGUUGGUAUCAAGGACACUUCUCUCCAGAGGGUUUUCUCCACCCAAUCGGGCGAAAAAUGUCACUCCUGCGAGCGGCGUGUUUAUUUGAUGGAGAGGAUUUGUGCAGAAGGCUUCUUCUUCCACAGGGAGUGCUUUCGCUGCACCACCUGCAGCUCUACCCUGCACCAGGGGUCACAUGCUUUUGAUUCUCAACACGGAAAGUUGUACUGCAAGCUUCACUUUGAUCAGAUCAACAAUGGGACAAGCCUGCGUAGGAACAUGUCAGCACGUUUGAAUCAUUAUGGUCGCCGGUUUGUGGAGCAACACGCCGCUCUGGAAGAAAUGUCCUCCUCUGGCUGUUCAGCGGCACUGCAGGACCAGCCUGCAGCAGGUACCUUCAGCUCUUUAUUGAGGAAGCAGCUAAGCAGGCCCCUCAACGUGGUGCGGGCUGUGUGUAGUGCCCCCUGGCGUGCGGGGCGCUGUGUGUCAGGGGCAGCACAAGCCUUGGUUUGCCACCUCCGGGACAACGCCCAGGACUAUGUCUUUCUGUACGAGCUACUGAGCUUGACCUUGCCCCUGCUGCAUAUUUUAUACGAGGUUCUCCUGCAGAUGCAAACAGAGCCCAUGCCUAGCAGGCCCGACUCUUCGUUGUAGCAGUUUAUUGGGCUCAUCUAGACAACAAAAUUGAAGCCAAAAUUUAAGACAUUUGUUAGUUUUAGUGCAGCUCUGCACACCUUUAUUUUAAGUGAUGAUGAAUUAGGUCAAUAGCAUAAUUGCCCAAGUCUUUUUUUGAAUGUUUCAUAAAACAAGAAGGCUCAAUUCAAACUUUGUGAAUUAUCGCUUGAGCCAAUCGAAAGAGCACAUGUUGAAAAUCGCCACAAAAAGAGCGAGAUAAAGAUGCAUUUUUAAGUGGUUAUUAGAAUGGUCGUUUUUAUUAUAUUUUUAUUCUUUUUUUUUUUUUUUUUAGACAGUUACCCUUUACAGUAGGGCAAGUAACAAUUUUUGGUCAUUAAAAAAAGGCCUGGGCUCCAAAUACAUAAAUAAUUACACAGAAAUACAGUCCUGGUUAUGCCCCCCAAUAACACUCUAAAGUUUAUUUUCUCAAUUCACAGUAUUUUACAUUGCCUCUAUUGACAAAGAUAGGAGUGGCUGUGAAUGCUCAUGUUAUAGUGUCAUUGACGCCACUCCAUUUUGCCUGGUUGGGUUAGCAGCGAUCUUUCCAUGCCAACUUCUCCCAGUCAAAAUGGAUUGGAUGUCAAUGGCAGCCAAUGAGUCAAAUGAGUGCCCUGUGUAGCAUUCAGUAUGAUUUGGGCAAUUAUUCUAUUAAAAAAACAUUGAAUAGAAUGCUGCAUCUAGAAAUUAGUAAAGCAAUUGCAAUCAAAUAUUUCACGAAAUGCUGUAUUAAGACGUAACAUUAAAGAAAACCUAAAUGCAUCCCACCAUAGUUUACUCACCAAAUGCUGGAUGAAAAUCUUGAGAUAUAUGAACAUUACAAUUUUGACUGUCUGUCCUAAAUGUAAUGGAAUGAAAUCUUGAUUAUUCAAAAGAGGAGACUAAGUAAUAUGCGCAUCAACAAAGCGCAACCACUUAAAUCAUACACAUUAGCAAAAGUGAAAUGAGCCACCUUUUUGGCAAGCAUGAGUGCACUUGAAAUGUCAGGCUGCUAAAAUGACAAAUGCUUGCUGGAUGUUUUCAUAAGUGAUCCGUGGAGGGCCUACUCUGGCACAAUUCCAAUUGCUAUACUCAGGUCAAGACGACUGACUGCCUUCUUGCACUUUAUUUUUGAGAACCGCCUUGAGGAUUUAAAAGCAGCAAAAAAUGGACUGAAGUCAAGUGGGAUCUUUGCACAUAUGCAAUUUGCUAUAUUUCAUACUGGGGACGAGUCUUUGUAUUUACUUUGUACUUUGCUGCCAUCUACUGUCGAGUCUCAGCAAAACGGGGGUAUAAACACAAGCCUGCUUCAGUUCUUUCUAGUUCUGUAACACUGACUUUUUCCCCCCUCUCCCUUUUAAUAAUAUACUGUAGACAAUAGAGGUUGGCUAGCUCGCCACUCUUGCUGUAUUUUCUACAAAAAAAGCCUCUCAGUGGCUUCCUGCUAAAUCUAAUGAUGCUAUCGAGCACUUUAGAGAAUUGUGUACUACAUGUUUGUUAACAGCAUAAAGGCUCUCAGCUAAUCAUAUGCUGUAUGACUGAAAUAGCUUUAAACUUAGUUGAAGUUGGUAGAAAUUCAUGUUGUUUGGAGAGAGAAAAAAAAAAAACUUCUUUAAAAAACAAUGACAAAAGCUAAUGUGUGUACAAAUGUUACGUUUGCACAAUGCCACCACAAUUGUAUCAUAUUCCUUCUGAAUGUCACAACUGUAUCUUGUCGUCAAGACUUUCUGCUUAAUUGCAUUGUUUUCCAUCCUUAGCGUUUGUUCUUUGUGUUUUAGACGAUUCUCUUGGCUUCAUAUGAUGUGUCUGAGCUGACCGGAUGGUUACAAAUAUGUUAAAGGUGAUCAAGUGCAUGGUCACAAGCCGUUUGUGUUUUAUUUCCAAAUAACUUGAAGUGUCCAUAUGCUAUUACUGCAUUUCCAAUAGUGAGUGGAUUAAAGUUGGCUUUGCCUUUGACGUUACUUCCCAUGACUCUGAAAUGCUUCCUUGUUUUUUCAUAAUGAACUAAUAACAUAAGGGUAAAAAUUCUUAACAAUGACUUUCUAAUUAAUAUGUAUUGGUAAAAUGAUUGAAAAUAAUAUAUCACUGUGUAUAACUAAGACUGAGAGGUCCAGCUUUUUUAGUGAUGAAUUUUGAAUGUAUUUGUGAAUGUCAUAAAUCCAUCACAAAAGGCUCCAAACUAAUUUUGCAAGUGGCUGCUUCAAAAGGCAUGGUUUGAUUGAAAAUGCAACCCUAAAAACAAUAAUGACCAACUCCUGAAGAAAAACAUAACACCCAAAAAUGUUACAAAAUUUAAGCUAAUUCAUGCAUGUGUACUGUCAACUGAAAACAUUCAGAAUUGGCAUCCAAAGAUAAAUAUAAAGAUUUGCAGUUCAGGUUGGCAUUCCAGGUAUUUACUGUGCAUCUGAGCUGAUAUAAUUUUAUUUAAUUUAUUUUUUUUUCCGAGACCCCAAUUAUUAGGUUAGCAAAAGUAUAGGAACAAUCGGACAUUUAAAAAAAAAUACUUAGGACCUGCUGGAAGUUACAUUCUUGUGGAAUUGUGAUUAACUGGAUGAAAACCAGACAGAUUUCAGCUUGGUUCACGUAAUUUUCGGACUGUAAGGGAGAGACAGCGAGAACAGAAAGUGGUAUUUGACAUAUGGCAAAAUGGCUUUUGGUGUAUGGCUUUUUUUUUUUUUUUUUUUUUUUAAUAUAUGGCAAAAUGGCUUUUGGCAUAUGUCAGU